AUGGAGCGGGGCUCCCGCCGACUUCCCAGCGGGGCUGACCUGGCCCUUUCGCACGGUACCGGGGAACGCGGCGUGGGAGAGUCACGCCUGUGUCAGCGGGGCACAAGGGCACCCGUGCAAACCGGGGGCGAGGCACGGAGCAAGGAGCGGUCUCGGGUGAAGGGGGGCAACACCCGCAGCAAGGCACUGCCGAGGGAAAGCCGCCGCCGGUGCCCGGCGCUGACGGGGCGCCUCCGCCACCGCCCCGGCGCCCCCGCGGGCGGGACCCCCGACCCGGCACGGCCCGGGCCGCGCCAGGGAGCGCCGCGGACGCUCCCGCCGGCGGCCGGUCCGGCGCGGUUGGGCUUUACCUCGGUGCCCGCCGCCGCGGGCCGGAGGGCAGCGGCGCCGCCGCCUCAGCCCGUCCCUUCUCGCCCCGCGCGCGCCGCCCGGGCCCGGCCGCUCCCGGCUGCGGCUGCGGCCCGACUGCGGCGCGCGCCGUCAGGUGACUGCCCGCAGCACCGCCCGCCCCCCCGCGCGCGCGCGCGCCCCGCGCCCCGCGCGCACGCCCCGCGCGCCCAUUGGACCCGGCGCUCGCCGCCGCCGGGCGGCCGCCCACACCGCCGCGCACUGCGCAUAGUGACGCACUGA